AUGGUGACCGGCAGAUCACAGCCGGGCAUGGAGCCAACUCCGCUUCCUACCACCUCUGAUCAUGUCGGCGCCAACUCUCCACCGUCGAAGCGAGACUUGGUCUCGUGGUGGAGACAGUUCAAACGGAACACCACUCGGAAAGAGGAUUCAAAGGAGCCACCCCGAGGCAUCUUUGGCGUUCCGCUAAAUGAAAGCAUCAAGUACGCCAACGUCGCGAUCUCUCUGAACAACGAAAAUGGUGAAAGCUUUAUCUAUGGAUACGUUCCAAUCGUCGUCGCCAAGUGCGGUGUCUUUCUUAAGGAAAAGGCAACCGACGUCGAAGGUAUCUUUCGGCUGAAUGGAUCCGCGAAACGUAUCAAGGAUCUGCAAGAACUUUUCGAUUCCCCCGAGCGAUACGGUAAAGGACUGGACUGGGAGGGAUAUACUGUACACGAUGCUGCCAAUGUGCUUCGCCGAUACCUCAACCAAUUGCCGGAGCCCAUUGUUCCUCUGGAAUUUUACGAGCGCUUCCGCGAACCCCUGCGCGUUUAUCAGAGACAGGUGCAAGCCGAGGGACCGGUGCCAGAUGCGGAGAGAUUCGAUCACGCAAGGGCCGUUGAGACCUACCAGCGCUUGAUCAUCGAGCUUCCUCCCUUGAACAAACAGCUACUUCUCUACAUCCUCGAUCUUCUCGCCGUUUUCGCCUCAAAAUCGGAACAGAACCGUAUGACUUCGGCCAACCUUUCAGCCAUCUUUCAGCCUGGCUUGCUGUCGCAUCCGCAACACGAUAUGUCACCAGAGGAAUAUAAGCUGAGCCAGGAUGUGUUAAUUUUCCUGAUUGAGAACCAAGAUCACUUUUUGGUGGGCAUGAGUGGCAGUGCGGUGGAUGAACAGACUAUCAAGGAGGUGCAAGCUGGAUCCCAGCCCAAGGUGCCAACUUUGGCUUCUCAGCAACCUACAGGGUCCAACAGAUCCCCUACUUCCACUGUUAGGCGAUCGGCAUCCAACGCUAGCGUUGGCAACGACAAUAACCGCAAAUUGGAUAGUUUGCGCCGAAAUGCGUCUGUCUCGUCUCGCAACUCGCGAGGUUCACGCGCUUCCAACAGAGUUCCCAGCCCAGCUACUCCCAACUCGAUUGGUGGUUCUGGUGUUCACCGGAGCAAUACCCUGCCCUCGAAGAUGGGCCCCGUGGUGACUUCAGUGCGGGCCGCACGCGCCAACGAAGCUAGCUCCACAACUCCUCCCGUUGUCUCGGUUUCGCACAGCUCUCGAUCUGCUAGCCGAUCUGCCAGUCGCCCGCCUUCUCUACGUGAAGAGGCAGAAGAGUCAAUCUCCAACCCGAAACCCGCCGCGCCUGUCGCGCCCUUGACACCAACUGGUUCCGUGUUUGUGCACACUGCGACCCAUGGUCCUAUAUCACCCCAAGAAGCCGAGAAACUGAGCAUCGUCGAUACUCGAGUGCAUGAAAAUCUUGAGCCUCCAUCCUCGCCCCCACCUGCUGUCGUCACUCCGACUCGUGAAAGGAAGCUCGCCAACAUUUUUAGUAAAACUCCAUCUCCUGAUGCUGAGGGGAAGGAGCAUCGACAGCCAAAUCGUUUGAGAAAGAAACGUAUCCCGGGUAGCGCAAGCAUCAGCGCUCAAAGUUCUUCUAUCUCCUUACAUGGUGUCCUCUCAGAGCAUGCUCAUGACACCACCUCGGACGCGAAUCGUGAACUGCCGUCAACAGAGGGUUCAAUUGGGGAUACGACCCCACGACCUCCUAACCCAGAAAUUUCAAGCGCCACGGCAGAGUCGACUCCAACUUUCGGAGAGGGUGCGCACCACACCGAAAACACCUUGCGACCUCAGCCCUCACGCACACCGUCUAUUAACUCGCGGUCCUCAUUCACAGAUAAUUCCGAUAUAGAUGGGCCCGAUGAUGACAACAUUUCCGAGCGCCGAAGUAAACGGCGUAGUUGGCGCUUUAGCCGUUCCAAUGUUGGACUUGGUCUUGGGUCUCCUCCUCUUGUGGCGACCAACCCUAUUGCCCAACAGAGUACCAGCUCUAUCGGCAGUGGUCAACAUCCUGCCAGUCGCCCGUUGAGCCUGGACGCCGGUGCUCAUGGCAGCUCCGUCUCCAGUACCGAGCCUGAGAAGAGAAGUCUGUUCGGCAGAUUCAAGGCUAAGGUGGCGCAUGUGCGCGAUGGUGGGAAGGAUGAGCGUGAACGCACCAAGAGCCCUAAUCAGUCAGACAGUGAGCCUUCAGCUCACAUUCAGCCACUAUCUCCCACAACUCUAGGCCAUUCGCAUGGAAUGCCGAUCAUUGAUGUUCCAAGCGAGCAGCCCAAGGAAGAGCCCUUGCGCUCUCCAUCCUCUCUACUUCCCGUUGCUGGCAUGCCUCCUUCAAUCCCCGAGGAACCUCACAGCCCCGAGACACCCACUGUGCCUGAGUCCAAGAUACCGAGUGAUACGUCAGCACCGGCUGCUAAUACUCUCCCGUCGUCAGAUGAGACUGUUACCUCGGCACCUUUGAAGGAAUCAACGGAUGAAUCAGUCUCUACCCAGAUUGUUUAG